AUGUCACCCAGAGAAGCACCCCUCCUCGCUCGCGAUAACCUCCAAAGAGCUAAGCAGUGGCUGAAUACCUGUCUUUCAGAACAUACAACAUGUCGCAAAUUCCACAGCAGCACCGUCUCCAACCCCCACCAACGACCAACGCGCGUCCUGGAAAUCACAUCCACCAACAUCCGGCUCCGCUGUAACAUGCAAAACGAGAGAUUCGAUUACCUAGUGUUGAGCUACAUGUGGGGCACAAAUUAUGAAGGACAACUCCGCCUACUCCAAUCCAAUCUCAACGCCUUCCAAGAAGAGAUUCCACGGGCAAAACUCGAAUCAUCGGAUGUAUACAAAGAAGCCAUCCGCGUGACUCUCGCACUCGGCUACCGCUAUCUCUGGAUAGACAGCCUAGCCAUAAUCCAAGACUCAGAUGAGGACUGGACCUAUGAAGCCCGCCGCAUGGCCAUAGUGUACGGCAACGCAACAGCCAACCUCGCUUUCCUCUUCCCACCUCACUCGCCCUCUGCGCCAUCCAGUCGCGAAGACCCACGAUCUUCGAAUCCAUGUAUCCUCCGAGCUUCAUCUUCGCAUACAGCUGGGAUAUAUAUUGAGCACACGAAGUCCUCACUCCGCCUCGCCCUCGACACGGAGGAGGCGAGUAGAGACUGGCUCGCUCAACGCAACUGGCCGCUCUUCAAUCGCGCAUGGACGUUCCAGGAGUAUCUUCUUGCGCCGCGAACGUUGCUGCUUGGGCAUAAGAACCUCAUGUGGCAUUGCUCGGAGGGGUUCUGGGAUGAACUACUUGGUCCGAUUGCAGAACCACCGGUGACAGAUCCUACAACGACGACGCUGCAAGUAUCUUUGCACGGCAAAGACCGAGGGAAGUCUCGGUACUUCCCCAACACCAUCAGAGAGAUCAACACACUAGCAAAGACAAACAGUCUCUCCUCCCCAGCUAUUCUCUCUUUCGCAUUAGACUACCAAAACCUAGUCAACGAGUACCGCAGCCGCAGACUCUCUUUCUCCAAAGACCGCAUCGUAGCUUUUGCAGGCGUAGCGCGUGCGUUCUCCAACCUAGGCCAACUCACCUACCUAGCCGGCCUGUGGAAAGAAAUACUACCAAUAACCAUGCUAUGGUACGUCGACAAGAAAGCUAAAUGGCUUGUCCGCCCCGAGAACGGCUUACCAAACGGCGAGGUGAAAGAUUCAGUGUGGACGACGGAGAUUGUGGAAGGUGUAGUGGAAACCACAUCACCACUCCCAAGUUGGUCGUGGUUCUCAGUACCAAUAUUGAAGUACUACCAACUCUUCCACCUCUUCAGCGACGACGAACUAGCCGUCCGGUGUAAGAACGAUUCCGAACCUCAUCUCGUCCGCUGGACCGACAUGUUCUUCGCCGAAACCAAGGGCUUCAAGUUCGCUGGACACGCGCAAGAUCGCAUAUCUGAAUCUAGCCCCUUUGACUUCUCCGGCUUGCAAGUCACACUUGCUACGUUGGUUCUUCCUGUAAAAGCGGAUUGGCCCGCUGAUCUAGCAGCGUAG